ACAUCGACAGAACUGUCGCACUUCGAAAGGCGUAAAGUUUCUAAAAGGCAUUCAGAAGAUAAGAUAGAAGCUAUUGAAUCACCACAAAGUCCAGUGCCAUCUAUAACAUGGAAAGAUAAAAAAUGCAGAAGCUUCAAAUUGCCACCAUUAUUUGACCCGUACGUGCCGAUUGAUCCUCAAGGUCGAGUGUACAUAACCUGGCUAUUCCUAGUAACAUUCUGCUAUAGCUACAACGCUUGGGCAGUAGCCCUCCGCGCUACUUUCCCGUACCAAACCCCAGAAAACCUCCCCUUUUGGAUGACCGCUGAUUAUUUCUCCGAUAUUAUCUAUAUCCUUGAUGUUGUUUUCGUCAAACCGAGACUAAUGUUCUUGAGCGAAGGUUUCUGGGUCACUGAUCAGACGGAAACUAGAAAGAAUUAUAAGAGGAAAACCCAGUAUAAGUUUGAUGUAAUCUCCCUUCUGCCAUUGGAUAUUUUUUACUUUUACUUCGGAACAAGUAUGGUGAUACUGCGAUUCCCGAGGGUACUUAAAUUACAGACGUUUUGGGAAUUUCACCAGGCAAUGGACCGAGUGCUCUCUUCUCCAUACGUGGUGCGGAUCGGCAAGACCCUUUUUUACAUAUUUUACUUGAUCCACCUAAAUGCUUGCGCAUACUACGCCAUGAGCGAUUACAUAGGUCUCGGCUCUAAUAGCUGGGUAUAUGACAAUGUUGGAAACGCGUACAUACGAUGCUUCUACUUCGCUACCAAAACUGCUACGUCUAUUGGUAAAAAUCCAAAACCAGGGAAUACAUUUGAGUACUUAUACAUGACGGCCGCUUGGCUCAUGGGCGUCUUCGUGUUCGCUUUGCUCAUUGGGCAAAUACGAGAUAUCAUUGCUACGGCUACUCGACAGAGAGCAGAAUACCGCAAGAAAGUGGACGGCUGUAUCCGAUACUUACGUCGAUUAAAUAUGCCCAUUAACCUCCAAAGACGAGUUACCUGCUGGUUCAACUACACUUGGAGCCAGCAACGCUGUUUUGAUGAAGCAAAAAUUCUUAAUUCUUUGCCAUAUAAUAUGAAGCGCGAUGUAGCUUUGGAAGUGCAUAUGUCCACGUUAAGUAAGGUCCAACUAUUCCGGGACUGUUCGACCUCACUCCUCCGUGACCUGGUGCUCCAACUACGACCAGUGUCCGUGUUACCGGGAGAUCUGGUCGUGCGCCGCGGGGACGUGGGCCACGAGAUGUACAUCGUGAAGACUGGCGAGUGUCUGGUAAUGUCCCCUGACGAAAAAGAGGUUUUAGUAACUCUUGGUGAAGGUUCUGUCUUUGGCGAAAUCAGUCUUCUCGGUAUAGAUGGUCUAAGGAGACGCACUGCUACAGUACGAUCUCGUGGUUACUCCACUCUCUUCGCCCUAUCCCGUAGCGACCUAGACACAGCAUUAGAUUACCAUAAAGAAGCGGCUAAAAUCCUCCGUCGUAGAGCCGACCAAAUAAUUCGGGAAAAUGCAGCAAGGCAGGCUAAACAUAAAAUGUCUAAACAUAGAGAUGAAGGAGCUAGGAGGAGAAGGAGUGGCAGUAGUAAUGAUAGCUUGACUGUGGACAAAAGGAACAGGUCGGCUAGUGCACAGUCUAAGAGGAAGUUGUCUAUGGUGUCUGAAGAUAAGCCAGCUGAAAUACACCCGAAUCCAUCGCCCGUACCGCGCGCAGAGCUUCGAACACCGAUACCAACCAUCGUUCUUUCCAGUGAAAUUAAUUAAUUGUAACAGUAUUUAGUAAUAACAAAAAUAAUUGAAAUAAAAAAGGGUGUGCCGAGCACACGUGUCAGAAGUGAAACAUUUUUGGCAA